UUUAAACUCGGACUUGUUUGCUGGUGUGCGCUCCGCUACCCUGGGUCGGCACCAGGUAAAGGGAGCCAGGAGGGUGCUGUGUCCGCUGCUCUGAGGAAGGGCUGAGGCUCCGCGUGGGCGCCAUCCGGCCUGACUCUGUCUCGGGGCCGGGAGGGGCCUCCGUGCCCGGGCCCCACCAUUGCCCACAGACUCCGCUGGUACGGCCACGCCGAUGGGUGCGAUUCAGGCCACACUGUGCAGCUACCAGGAUCUUAGUUCCCAGACCAGGGAUUGAAAUCGAACCCAUGGCAGUGACAGCACCGAAUUUUAACCACUGAACCGCCAGGGAAUUCUGAGAUUCACUGUCAGUGUGAAGUCGACAAAUGGUCGUUCCCUGCUCCACUGCAGGAGAAAACAGCAGGUUCCACAUUCAGCAGAACCACUUAUGGACCCUGCACUGGGCUCUGUGACCUUUGAGGACGUGGCUGUGUACUUUUCCCAGGAGGAAUGGAGGCUUCUUGAUGAGGCCCAGAGAUUCCUGUACCGCGAUGUCAUGCUGGAGACCUUUGCACUUGUUGCAUCAUUGGGUCUUUCAUCUUCUAGGUCCCAUGUUGUCCAGCUGGAGCUGAGAGGAGAACCCUGGGUACAUGACAGAGUGGACAUGGCUCCAGACAGAGCAAGAGGGGCUCAAAUAUGGCCUGGCCCUGGGUGUUGGUAUAUAGCAGAGAACAAGCUACCUUCUGAGCAGAAUGUUUCUGUAGAAGUGCCACAAAUAAAUACUUCAGAGGCAGACCUGUCCAUCCUGAAGUCCCAUCCCUGGGAGAGGUGCUGCCUGUACUUAGAAGGUGGUUUGCAUCUAGCUGAAGACCUUGGCACAAACCCUGACCAGAGACUCUGUGGGGCAGGUGUGCCAUUUCACCAGCACAGUGGAGAGGAACUCUUUAGAAGAGACAUGGGUAAGACCUUUAUGAAGAGCCACACUGUCCAUGCAUCCAAGAAGUCUUUCACAUUCCAGGAGCCUGGGAAGGAUUUCCCUUGUAGCUCUGGCCUUCUCCAGCAGCAAGUCACUCCACAAAAGGACACCGAGUUUGUAGAGGCCUUUCACAAUGGAGAAAAGCGUUACAAGUGCAGUGAAUGUGGGAAAGCCUUCUGCCGUAAAUACAGGCUUGCUCAGCACCAGAGAGUCCACACUGGAGAAAGGCCUUAUGAAUGCAGUGAAUGUGGGAAAGUCUUUAGAUGCAACUCCAACCUUGUUAUACAUAGAAGAAUUCACACUGGGGAAAGGCCUUAUGAGUGUAGAGAAUGCGGGAAGUUCUUUAGGCAAAACGCCCAACUUAUUGUGCACCAGAGAAUUCACACUGGAGCCAAGCCUUACGAAUGCAGUGAAUGUGGGAAAACCUUCAUUACUAAAAGCAAACUUGUUCAGCACCAGAGAGUCCACACUGGGGAGAGACCUUAUGAAUGUGGAGAAUGCAGAAAAGCCUUCACCUAUAAACGCAUGCUUGUUCAGCAUCAGAGAGUCCACACUGGAGAGAGGCCUUAUGAGUGCAGUGAAUGUGGGAAAGUCUUUAGGUACAUUGCCAGCCUCAUUAAACAUAGAAGAAUUCACACUGGGGAAAGGCCUUAUGAGUGUAGUGAAUGUGGGAAGUCCUUUAGGCAAAGGGCCCACCUUCAGGUCCACCAGAGAAUUCACACUGGAGCAAAGACUUACAAGUGCAGUGAAUGUGGGAAAUGUUUUAGCCAAAACUCUAUUCUCACUACGCACCAGAGAGUUCACACUGGCGAAAGGCCUUAUAAGUGCAGUGAAUGUGGAAAGUGUUUUAGCCAAAGCUCUACUCUUAUUAAGCACCAGAGUUCACAUUGGAGAAAAACCAUAUGAGAACUCUGAAUGAGGAGAAUUCUUUAGCCAAAGCAUCCAGCUUACUCAACACCGAAAAGCUCACACCCCAGAAAGGCCUCAUCAGCACAGCAAAUGUGGAAAAGUUUUCUGUCAAAGGUCUGCUCUGACUGAGCACUAGAAACUUCACAGCUCAGAUAGACCCUAUGAGUACAGCAAAUGUAGGAAAGCUUUCAGCCAAAGGUCUUACCUUAUUCGAUAUCAGAAAGUUCAUCUGGAGAAGGGCCUUCAAGUGAGAUGAGGAGAGCAGCGAAUGAGCUGUCUCCUUAGUUAAUACAUCAUACUGAAUAGACUCUCUGAGGAAGUCAUCAACUGGAAGUUGAAUGCCAUACAUCUGAACAGCCCUGGUGUGCAGAUUGCCUAUGAGUACCAGGUUCGUAGGAAGCUUUUCAGGAGCUACGCUCUACCUUCUAACCUAUGCAAGCCCCUUGCUGGACUCAACAUCACUGUAGGUUUUUUACCUCUCCCAAGUGGUAGAUCCCAGUACUGGCCGUCAGUCAUCGCACUGUGAUCAGGGUAGGUAGACCUCUGUGCUGUCCUGUCCCCUGGAGGGAAGCAUGGAUAGCCUGAGCACUUGGGUGUUGUCCUUCUCUUCUGUCAAGGACAGGACCUAAGCAGCUUUGACCACGGUGACCCAAUGUGGGUUCCCUUGGCAGCUGACAGAAGUUUGCUUUCCUUGGUGGUAUUGUCUCAUGUCAUGCUCACGAUGGAUGUUUCUAGCUCCAGGUCACCCUGUUGGGGAACCAUCUGCCACCCUUUGCUCUGGUCUGUGAAAAAAUAAAGACUAUAGUUUAAGCCACG